AUGGCACAACCAAAUUACACCAACGUAUCCCAAGCCUUAUCAACGCUUUCCCAUGAAGUUACUUUGGCGUCAAAUAUACCAAACUUGGUUAUUGCAAAUCAAUUAACAACAAUUCAAAAUUCACUCGCAAAUUUGUCUAAUACAGUCGCAAAUUUGUCUAAUACAGUCACAAAUUUGUCUAGCACAGUCACAAAUUUGUCUAGCACAGUCACAAAUUUGACUAAUAAUGUUAAUGAUUUAACAAUUACUAUUCAAACCACCGCGCAAAACUCGGAUAGACGUAAUCUCGCGCGAAUAUUUAAUUCGCGUUUAUCUGAUCCGGAUUUACAAUUGGAAAUCGUCCCGGAUAUGUCUGGUAAUGACCCUCCGAAUUAUCCCCAAUCGAUCACUAGACUACGUGAAAUGUCAGCGCGACGCAAACGAUUUGCCAAAUACUUAGGAAUCCAAUUAUUAUAA